AUGUCCUACAGGAUUUGCAAGAAAGCAAGUUCCAAGCCACAAAUGUUGCUUCACUUGUAUAAUCUGUCCAAAUAGAACUUACAUCAACAUCACAGGUAAACUAUUACAUUUCCAUUCCAUUGACCAACGGACAUGCCAAGAAGUCCAGAGCUAAAGAAGUAAACAAUGACUGUAAAAUAACCUGUUGUUUGAUGUACUAUACCAUUGUCUUUAACUGCACAUCAGAACAGUCACUGUCAUCACGUAAUAUUAGCACUGUUGCUGAAAUGACCUGUUGGAUAGUCACUACUGUUAAAAAUAACAAGUUUCAAUUAAAAACACAUCUUUACAGCAUGUACAAUAUAAAAGCAUCGAUCUUUGUUCAUUAUUUUUGUUGUCUGUCUGUCCAUCUCUCAUGUAAAACAGAGGAUCCCUACAGCUGCAUCAGCUGCAAGCUCACAGAAUGGUCUGCAGAGGGAAGUACGUCCUGCAACCAGCGUCUGGUGGAGUUCAUACCGUUUACAGACAGCGGGGCCAUACUGAUCAUGCUGGGGGCCGGGGCUUUGGUGGGCCUCACUCUAGCUGUAUCUGUUCUCUUUGCUGUUAACUACAACACGCCUGUUGUCAGAUCUGCUGGGGGGCCGAUGUGCUUCCUGAUUCUAGGCUGCCUCAGUCUGUGCAGCAUCAGUGUUUUCUUUUACUUUGGCCAGCCAUCAGUUCCUUCUUGUGUCUUGAGGUUUCUACCAUUUUUCUUGUUCUACACCGUUUGUCUGGCGUGUUUUGUGGUGCGCUCCUUUCAGAUUGUUUGCAUCUUCAAAAUAGCCGCCAAGUUCCCCAAACUCCACAGCUGGUGGAUGAAGUAUCACGGACAGUGGCUGGUCAUCGUUGUAGCGUUUACAGCUCAGGCCCUCUUGCUUAUUUUUGGCUAUUCUUGUGCCCCUCCAAAGCCUUACAAUGAGACAGUGUGGUACCCUCGAGAAAUCAUACUCAGCUGUGACAUCGAUCUUAUCGCAACAUCUGGUUCUAUAGUCUUACUGUCAUCAUUAGCCUCCCUUUGCUUUAUUUUCUCCUACAUGGGAAAAGAUCUCCCGAAAAACUACAACGAGGCCAAAGCAAUCACCUUCUGCCUCCUGCUGCUGAUCCUCACAUGGAUCGUCUUUGCCACUGAGUACAUGCUUUAUCGAGGCAAAUACAUCCAGAUAUUUAACGCCCUGGCUGUGCUCUCCAGUCUCUACUCCUUUCUGUUGUGGUAUUUCCUCCCGAAAUGUUACAUCAUUAUUUUUCAGCCACAUAAAAAUACGCAGCAGUACUUCCAAGGUCUCAUUCAGAGCUACACCAAAACUAUCAGCCAGUAG